UAUAUACACAAAGUAUAAAAACACUUGCACCAAUUCUCCCUCCUGCUUUCCAUCCCCAGAAUUUGUCUCAAACACCUUGGCAUUCAGCCGAAAGAGAUGAUAAGGGAACAACCAAUUAAAGAUACCCAUCCUUCUCUUCUCUAAAUCUCUCUCAAGCCCUCUUUCAUUUUCCUUCUUUGAGAAGAAAAGAAGAUUAUUAGCAAUGGGGAGGGGUAGGGUUCAGCUGAAGAGAAUCGAAAACAAGAUCAGCAGGCAGGUCACUUUCUCCAAGAGAAGGUCUGGGUUGUUGAAGAAAGCCCAUGAAAUCUCCGUUCUCUGCGACGCCGAGGUUGCUUUGAUUGUUUUCUCCACUAAAGGGAAGCUCGUUGAAUACUCAUCAGAUUCCUGCAUGGAAAGGAUCCUUGAGCGGUAUGAAAGAUAUUCUUAUGCAGAGAGGCAACUUGCUGCAAAUGAAAUUGAACAAAAUGGAAAUUGGACUUUGGAACGUGCAAAACUCAAAGCCAGGAUGGAGGUUUUAGAAAGAAACAAAAGGCAUUAUAUGGGGGAAGAUCUUGAGAAUUUGAGCCUUAGACAGCUUCAGAACUUGGAGCAUCAACUUGAUUCUGCCCUCAAGCACAUACGCUCAAAAAGGAAUCAGCUCAUGCUUGAAUCAAUUUCUGAGCUUCAGAAAAAGGAUAAAGCAUUGCAAGAGCAGAAUAAUAUCCUUGCCAAGAAGGUAAAGGUGAAGGAGAAGGAGAAGGCCAUUCUACAGCAGGCACAACAAAAUAACUCCCAAGAUUCUUCCUCCAUGCUUCUGCCACAACCAAUGCAGUCCUUUAACAUCAGAGGCAGGUAUGAAGGGAGCAAUGGAAGGGAAGAGGAAGCUAAUCCUGGUGCAGCACAACAUCCCAACUCCAGUGUGCUAUUGCCAACAUGGAUGAUCGCUCAUCUUGAAUGACCAAAACAAGUAAAAAAAAAUACCUUUACUAUGCAAAUUUAACACGUUUAUAUAUUUUUAUAUGUAUGUAUGUAUAUGUUUAUUAUAUAUGCAUGCAUGGCACAAACUCAUGUGCGACUUGUAUCUGUGUAAUCCAGUGAUGUAAUUAUUAAGGAGUGUUUUUGAAAAAAA